GGGCCCUUUAAUUGGCCACACAGUUGUUCCCGAAAACCCUCUCCUAGUACCCGAAAACCCUUUAUAUUCCAUUCUCACUCCACGUCCGGGCCUCCAUUCUACUUUCUCUUGUUCUCUGCUUAUCUUCUAUGUAGGGGACACAAUCUUUAAUCUCUCUAGUUUCAAAGGCAAAUCAAUUUCUCCAUUUCUUUUUAAUUAUCUUUUUCAUCCAUUCCUUUGUUUUUUCAUGUUUCUUCUCACAAUCCAUCAACACAAAUAGUCACUUACAACUUUCAGUCAUGCUUCACAAGUUUCCUACCAUCAUUAACUCAAUGCAAUCUACAAGAAUUAAAACCCUAAGUAUCUCCUUGUCUAGAUAUUGUCACUUUAAGACAAAAAUGGGUUUUGAAUCUUUAAACCGAACAUCAACUUUGGCAUCAAAAACUGCCCAGAACAAUGUUGCAAUAUUCUGGGAUUUGGAUAACAAGCCCCCAAAUUCAUUCCCUCCAUUUGAAGCUGCUGUUAAGUUGAAAACGGCAGCUUCUUCCUUUGGGGUUGUUAGGUCCAUGGUAGCCUAUGCUAAUCAUCAUGCUUUCAGCUAUGUACCUAUAGUUGUUCGGGAACAGAGAAGAGAGAGGAAAUUGCUGAAUCAGUUAGAAAAUAAGGGUGUGAUCAAGUCAGUUGAACCACAUUUUUGUAAAGUUUGUGGGAGAAGAUUUUACACUAAUGAGAAACUUGUUAAUCAUUUUAAGCAAAUUCAUGAGCGUGAACACCAGAAGAGGUUGAAUCAAAUAGAAUCUGCUAGAGGAAGUAGGAGGGUGAAAUUGGUAGGUAAGUAUUCAAUGAAAAUGGAGAAGUAUAAAAAUGCGGCUAGGGAUGUUUUGACACCGAAAGUUGGGUAUGGUUUGGCUGCUGAGUUGAAAAGGGCAGGGUUUUGGGUUGGGACUGUCUCAAAUAGGCCACAAGCCGCGGAUGUUGCAUUGAGGGAUCACAUGGUGAAUGUUAUGGAUAAGAGGAAAGCUGAGUGUUUGGUGCUUGUGUCCGAUGAUUCAGAUUUUGUGGAAGUUUUGAAAGAGGCGAAACUGAGGUGUUUGAAGACCGUUGUUGUUGGGGAUCUCAAUGAUGGGGCAUUGAAAAGAGUUGCGGAUACUGGGUUUUCUUGGAUGGAAAUAUUGAAGGGAAAGGCUAAGAAGGAGGCAGUAUCCGUUGUGGGGAAGUGGAAGGACCGUGAUAUCUUGAAGAGAUUGGAGUGGACAUAUAAUCCAGAGGUAGACGGGAAGUUAAAUGGUUCUGAAGAUGUGUUCGAUGAUCAGAGCGAGGAUCAGGAUUUUAAUAGCACUGAUGAUGGAAGUAAUGCUGAUUGUAUUUGUACGAAAGAUUCUGGUCCAUGGUGGGAGCUGGACUCUGAUUCUGAUUUCAAUUCUUCCCAGUCGCAAUAACAAUGUAGAUGUUGUCCCCGACUUUCUAACUUAAAAAGCUGCUAUCAAGUAUCCUCUCCUGGAUUCAAUUUUUGUUAGAGGUAAUGUGGCUGAUCAGCUGAAACACUGGAUUUAGUCAUUGACUUUGAUUUGACAUUGUCUGCGUUGUCGUUCUGGUUCUUGUUUGUCCUAUCUUUAGAUGUAGUUCAGAUGGUUCCUUUCUGUCAUCUGCCAUGUAUAUAUUGUAACUUUGCGAGUAUUUAAAUCUCUAAUCUCUUUAAUAUGUCUGACCUUUAGUUAUUAUUCAUUCCUUUGAUCUGCUAUAAGCUUAUUCUGCUCUAUAGCGCCUAUAACUCUUCAGUUCUUUCCAUUGCAAAUACCUAGUUAAGAGAAAGAUGUACACAAUGACUGCUGCAACAUGAUGCCAAAUUUAGUGAAUAGUUACAGCGUUAGGAUAUGUGUCUUGGGUUAAAAAAAAAUUUGAUACUUGACUAAGCAUGGCAUGUAUGUCUUUUCCGUGGUUUAAAGUACAUAAAAUGCAAAAUUUUUGUUUCUUAUGUUCAUCCGUACACAAGGAUGAAACGUGGAAGAACUAAUGGUAGAUGUUACUAAAAAUCCUCUUAUUAAUGCUCCCUUUUUUUCGUUGUUAGAGUGUUCUUGAUGAUGCAUUUUUGGCUAAAAUAAAUGAACUCCUUGAUACCUUU